AUGCUUGUCGAUCUGUUCUCGCUUCUUGCUUCGCUCUCUGGCAUGGCCAUGGCUCAGUGCCCAGACUACCUUGACUAUUCUACGCUGAAACACUCUCCAUACUCGGGAGGCCUUCAUAACAUCUCGUACCAGCGUCCUGACCCUGCAUGCCGCACAUUCAACCUUUCUUCCCUAGAGGAUCAAGUCCUUCCCAAUAUCAUGCACGCCACUCCCGACCCAGAUCUGUACCGCUUGUUUCUCAACGGCAAGUAUCAUCCGCUGUCGCUUGAUCCUCAUGCUGAUAUAUUGUANGCCUAUCCCAACACCCUAGACACUGCCGUUCGCUGGAAAGGCUAUGCUGCCGACUCUCCCGAUGAGGAGCUCACCUUUCUCGUCACCGGAGACAUCGAUGCUAUGUGGUUGAGGGACAGUAGCAACCAGAUGCAGUCUUACCUUCCUCUUCUGACCGCAAACUCCUCUGUCGACUCGCUCGCUUCACUAUUCCGGGGUGUAAUCAAUCUCCAGGCCCGUUACCUUCUCACUUCGCCCUACUGUAAUGCUUUCCAGCCUCCGAUCGAGAGUGGGAUUGCUCCCGCAAACAAUCCCUCGGCCAGCCAAGAUGUUGUCUUUCCCACUUACGACAAUUCCUCGGUCUUCGAGUGCAAGUACGAGUUAGACUCCCUAGCCGCUUUCUUACAAAUCAGCUCGGACUAUUACAACGCCACGGGAGAUAUUGCUUUCUUCGCCAAGCACCACUGGGUCGAGGCCAUCAACCAUGUUUAUCAGAUUUUCGAAAGUGUUUUGUCCGCUUCGACUUAUGAUGCCGACGGCCGUGUCCAGAAGUCAGCCUACACCUUCACUAGAGUGAGCAACCGAGCAACAGAAACCCUAGCAAAUGACGGUCUAGGUAAUCCCUAUUCGGGCGGAGUUGGUUUGCUGCGCUCAGCAUUCAGACCUUCGGACGAUGCGACCAUCUUUCAAUAUCUCGUUCCUGCAAACAUGAUGCUAGCUCACUACCUUGAAGCGACCGCUCCUAUCGUGCUCGCGCUCAAUGAUACAACGAGUGCAGUCACUUGCGGGCAGAUGACACAGCUUGCCUGUACCAUAAGACAAGGCAUUGAAGAACAUGGCAUCGUCACUAUCGAUGGCAAGCGGGUGUACGCUUACGAAGUUGAUGGAUACGGCUCUGCAAACAUCAUGGACGAUGCCAAUAUCCCAUCGCUUCUGUCUGCACCAUUCUUGGGGUAUCUUGACGCUAAUGACGAAGUCUAUCGGAACACACGUUCACUGCUAUUGAGCGGCCGCAACCCCUAUUUCAUGCGUGGCCCUGUUAUCUCUGCUAUUGGAGGUCCUCACGACAACGAUACCGAAAUCACCGAACAACUCGCCAUGAUUCUCAACAGCACUGACGGGCUCGGUCUGAUCCAUGAGAGCAUCAAUACCUUCAACCAGACCGACUACACCCGGCCGUGGUUUAGUUGGGCGAACGGACUCUUCGGUCAAAUGAUCUUAGACUUGCAUGAUCGCAAGCCUCAGAUUCUGGCACAAAGCUUCCAAUAG